CGAAGAGUAACUUCGUCCCCACUUAAUUUUGCCUUUUUGACAUAUCGAGGCCGUCAAGUAAGCACUAUCGGCUUUGACAUAGGCAACAAACCCUGGGGACGAGGAUGCCCGAGAAGAAAAUGAGCUUACUUUUGGCUUUCCUAAUAUCAAUAAUGAGAAGCGUAUUUCACAAAUUUGGUCGAAUGCUGUCCGUACACUAUAUCCGGUGUGGUGUGAGUAGUUUUACGUUCCAAUUCACAUGAUACUCCUGACAUUUUUCAUGUAAGAAGGGUUAAGACCUUGUUUUGUCUUCUUCUUCAGAAAGAAUCUCACAGUUUCUCUGAUGAAUACAAACAUAAGGAAACUCACAACAUGUCUAGUCAAUUUUGAAGCCACUGUAGCAUCUAUAGGCUUUGUGUAUUGGCAAACAACGAAACGAGAGGAAAGGGACAACUCAGAAGACACAAAAGAAUUUACCACAACCUCACUCGGAAAAAGACAUAAAUAAGGAGAGAUCCAUCAAGGGUCGCAAAAAAGUUUUCGUCUGGCGCAGUUACUUAAAAAUUGGAUUGUACUUGGAUCAGAAAACAUACACAUCGAUAAAUCGAUCUAAAAAAAAGCCAUUGCUUGAGUAGCAAAUCUUGACUACUUUCGGUGGCCGUAAAAAUUCGCAUCGGAUAAACACAAAGAUGGCGGAACAGAGCAGUGAAAACCGAAAGCAACGUGCCCGUUCAGAUUGUACUAGUGAAUUUUCAAUAUAUUUGACUGAAGCUUUUAUGCUUAUGAAAGAAUUCAAAUGGCUAUCCAAUUCUUAUGUAGCAGAAUUCUUCACUCAAGGUUUAUGGCAAAAGCUACCACACAGUUGGAGAGAAUGCUUGAAAAAAGUGACUUUAGAAGAAGUUGCAGACAAUAUUUUGCAUGACAACAACAAUGCAGUGUUUAGAUUUGUCUGGCCUCUUUCGUUACUCUCUUUUAUUGCUGCCUGUCAUGCUCUGGCACUGAAUAGAAAUCAAAAAAAGUUUAUUGGUAAAAGCGGUGACUACAAACAAGACGAAGAUCUUUCCAUGAUGUUUAAAAAACAUAUCAAACUAAAAAAGAGGCAUGAAUUGUCUGUUUUACCUCAGGAUGUUGGUUCAGGUUUAGGUCAUUUAUCACGAAUGCUGGCUUACAAAUAUGGCUUGAACGUCGUUGCUGUAGAGAUGGCUGGUCAAAGACUACCGGUUGCUGAAAAAUUUGACAAAGAAAUUGAAGAAGAGUUAAAAAGACUGAAUAAAAAGGAUGGAGUGACAAAUGGAUAUGGUGAUGUCACACACAUUGCAAGAUGGAUAGAACCAGACAUAUCAACAGAGGAGUUUGUUAAACUAGUCUAUGGUAAUAAUGGUGGUGCACAAACUAGUCUUAAUAACUUCACAGAUACGAAAGAAGACACUCGGGCUCAUCUCGAAAACAUGGAUGGAAGUAGACACUGCGUUCUAGUUGGCCUCCACACUUGUGGUGAUUUAGCCUCCACCAUGUUAAAAGUGUUUAAAAACACUCCAAUGAUACGUGGGAUUGUAUCUGUGUCAUGUUGUUACUUUCGAAUGUCUUUAAAGGAGGAUUCGAAUAAUUCAACCUGUGGUUGUAGGGCUUCGUUUACAUUGAGCUCUUUUUAUCAGAAUAUUAAAAAUGUACAAAAUAGGAAUGAUGAGGAGACUAAUUCAGUAUUCAGUAUUGUCAAUCCCACUAUAUCAGAAAAUGUAUUGAAUUCACAUUUCAAGAACAAUCUUUCAUCAAAUUACUUAAAAAAUUAUUUUAACAAAGAUGGCGUCACUCAAGGCUGUAAUCAAUGUAAUUGCCAUUUCAAAUGUGGCAGGACAGAAGGUGAAACAGAUUGUGGAUUUCCAUUGUCAAAAUUCCUAAAGAGAUUGCCAUACCAACCAUUGCAAUACAAAAGUUUUGAAACUGCUUGUCAUUUUGUGGAGGAUUAUGCGAAGAAACUUCUUAAUCACAGUCCCAACUUGAAAUUACACUGUUAUCGAGCAGUCAUGGAAGUUUUUAUCCGCCAUGUUGAUCCUAGUCUAGUACUGGCACCUGUACGAUGUAAAAAGAUAAAAAAUGCAGCAUCCAUGACUUUUGUUGAAUAUGCAGAGAAAGUGUUCGAACGAUUGGAUAAAGUUUUUGAUCCUGUUUUACUGAAAGAUAUCAACUAUGAAGCGUUGUUGUCACAGCGGAAAAACGUCACCAUUUAUCAUUCUCUUGUUCUUUUGCUUGGUCCAGUGAUUGAAAGUAUAGCGCUGGUUGACAAAGUCAUGUAUCUGCUUGAAGAAGGUAUGGAUGCAACUCUCACUCCAGUUUUCGACCCGGAUAUAUCUCCAAGAAAUUUCGCUUUGGUAGCUACACGUGAAACAUAAUGCUGAAAUAUAUUUUUAGUCGCAUGGAAUUUUAA